AUGGUUUUGGAAGCUGGUUCAAAUCCGAUAGAAACAAUCAAACACCCUGGGGAAUUCGACACAAUGUUGAAAACAGUUUUAUAUCCUAAAGAUUUCGAUUCAGUCUCAGGUUGGAUACCCGAUGUUGGUGAUGGAAGUAUUUUAAAUGAACCGGUAAGAAAUCUUGCAAAUGAUGCCGAUUUAGCUAGAGUGAGAGUUGUUGCUCGAAACACGAUAGAAAGAGUAGGACGAGCAGUUAAUCAUGAAUUCGAAAAACGAGUACUUCAGUAUAAUAAUGUUGUUGAGAAUAAUAGGUGGGGUAAUUACGUAAAUUGGAAAUUAUAUCCUUUAUUCGGUCUGUUGGAACAUAGAAAAGUUUCCAUAGGCUUACCAUAUAAAAUUCAUCUACAAAGAGAAAUCAACGACGAUAAGAUAUUCUUUGGAGAGAAUGGUUCAGAUGCAAAAUUAGAAAUAACGAAUCUCCAACUUUUCAUACCCGUAAUAACACCAUCAAUUGAAGUAGAAACGAGAAUAUUCAACUCGUUAACUAAAGAUAUUGAAAUAGCUUUUCUUCAUCGCAAUAUGGUGGUUAGCAUGACUUUAACGGGAGAAUCCACCACAUGGCCAAUCACUAACACUAUUAAACCAGCAAGAUAUUUAAUAGUUGGUUUCAAGAACUUACCAGAUUCUCAAACGAAUAACAAUAAUUUCAUUAGAGUGGCAAUGAACCAAACUCAAGAUCCUUUAAUCCAUAAAGUUCAAGUAAGAUUAAACAACGAUAAUUAUUCUAACCAACCUUUAACAAUUAAUCCAACCACAAAGGAUUAUAAUGAAUUGUAUAGAAACUAUAAAAAUAUGUGUGAAUUAUUCGGAAAUCUACCUCAGUUUGAAUAUGUAGAUUUUGCACUUAAUCAUCCAAUCUUCUGUUUUGAUCUAUCAGCUCACCAAGAAGAUCUUUUCAAAACAGGAGAGAACAUAAAUAUUCAUAUUGAAAAAACACAAGGAGAUGUAACAGCCGGUACAGUAGCUGGUGGUACAGCUGCCGUAGUCAAAGCUGCCAACGCAAAGAAAGCUGCUGAUGCAGAAGCUGCUGCUACAAAAGCUGCCAACGCAAAGAAAUCAGCCGAAGAUCAUAGACGCAAUUUAGUAAUGGAAAAGUUGGCAGCAGAGGUUAAAAAACCUAAAACGGAAAAGAAAGGUUCAGGAGUGGGAGAAAUGAUAGGCACAAUGAAAGAAUUUGGAAAAAGAUUUAGUGAAGAAACCAAGAAAACUGUUAAACAAGGAUUAAAUAAAUUAGUAGAUAGUAUUGACACAGGAGAAAUCAAAGUCAAACAUAAGGGUAAUGGAAUAUUUUUAAAAAACAUACGCACUGGAGAAGGAAUAUAUCUUUCGAAGUAUAAAGGAGAAGGAGUUAUUUUUGGAAAAAAUUAA